CAGCCUUAAUUUAAGGCUGUCCCACGUGACCCCUCUCCACCAACCAGAGGCUGUUUGUUUAGACACGGGAGAGUUCCCUUGGGAGAAGCGCCAUCAAUAGAAGCGAGCUAGGAGCAAUGGCGGCGUCCAUGUAUUUUCGCGUUUUUACGCUGUUUUUCGCAGUCUUUGUGCUAGCCCUGUUUGCCGGUUGUGAAGGACGAAGCGUGGAUCUCCAUAAUGAGGAUGAAUUAGAAGCUGAUCUUGCCCGUGUACGGCGACAGGCUGUCACUGACAGUGGUACAGCAGCGCCUCCUGUCGGAGCUAAGGGGAAGAACAGGACGGUUCUCCAAGUGAUCUUCGCCCGCGGAUAUGCCGGUCCAUUCUUCGGUGUCCUGGCCUGGUGCAUCAUCGUCGUCAUCGCCUUUGUCGCCGCCUACGUCGUCUACCAGAAGGUCCUCCGGAAACCCGAAGACGAGGAGGCCAGAAGGCAGAGGCUGGCCGUGGCUUACUAGUCAAACACCCGACACAUGUUCAACACCUAUUCUCUGUUGUGUUCCUGCACGUGUCUAGCUCAGACCAUAGGGGAUGGGGUACUGGAACUAGUAUGAUAUUGUCUCCUCUUUGCCAAACAGUAACACAUGUUGUAUGUAAUAUUCAGCAUGUGUAUAAGAAGAAGUCAUCAGAAACAUGAAUUGGGUAUAGAAACUAAUCCAACAGUAUCUUCAUAGAAUUGAACAUGCACUCUCUGUGAUUUUGGCUGGUGUAUAGACAAAAUUAUUUGAAACAUGGAUGGGGUGUAGAAACUAAUCUAACAGUGUCUUCAUAAUCAUAGAAUGGAAUAUUCACUCUGUGAUUUUUUUGCUCGUGUAUAGAGGAAACGAUAGGGAUAAGGUACAAGAACUAGUCUAACAUUGUCUUUAAAAACAUUACCCAUGUUCUCAAUAUUUGGCAUGUGUAAAUGUGAACUAGGGGUGGCCCGUAUAAGUAGUCUUCUCUUUAACAAAUUACUUUAGGAGUGAGGAAGGUGUCUUAGAAAUCGUAUACACAAUUUUAAAGUAAUGACUCUUUAAGUGCAAGUGUGUUGUGUGAGUUAUUGUUAUGCAAUCUUAUGAAAAUUUUUAGAUGUGUUUGUUUGUUAUGCACUGGCUUUAAUCAUGCACAUGUAAAUUUCCUGAGAAUGUAGAUAUCAGUAAUUAAAUAAUCUCACUAGUUGCUGUUAACACUAUCUAGGAUGUAGUUUAGAGAUGGCUCUAAUGUGGGGAAAUAUUACAUUGGUGUCUAGACUUUAUAUAUAAAGACAUAGAUAAGUAGCAAAGAAAAGGAACUAAAAGAAAGCAAAUCAUGUUGAACUAGUAUCUAAAGCUGUAGUAGGAAAAUGUCCCUUUUUCUCCUGUAUCCACAACAAAAUAUAAACUGAAACCUCCAAAAAUGACAUGGCAUUAUUGUAGCUAACCCUUGACCCAAGGAUUACUUUACAGCAAUUCUAAAGAAUAAUUGUGAUGAAAAUGAUUUAAUUUUGUCCCAUUGGACAAUUGGUUUCUUUCCUCUUAUGUCAUGCCCUCUUUCUGACUGUUACCGUAAGUUUGUAUUGCGUUUUGCUUUCGUUCAUUGCACAUUGAUAUUUUUUAUUAUUUUGUGUCAAAAUCCACAAAAAUGCUUGUUCCAGGUUGAGUGGAUAUUGUAACAAGUUCAUUCACAAACAUUUUAUUUCAGUGCAUUCAUUCACAAAAACACAGUUCAAUUUAUUACCCUGUUAUUGUUAACUCGAUAGCUCUUCAAUACAUCAUGUAUCUGUUGAGGACUGCAAAUACACAAUAUUAGAGAUGUAUGCACAUUUAUCUAGAAACGUUUGUAUUUAGAACCACUUGUUUGUUUUGCAAUAAAACCAAGGAUUGUUAAGAUA